AUGUACUCAUUGUUUUCUAGCCAUCAUAAGAUUAUGAGGAAAAGUUGUAAAACUUCGGAGUUGAUGAGGUGUGGGAGAGGCAUGCUUCGGCACGAAUCGGUCGACUCGACAGGAGUUAUACCACGGCCUCAAAGAGAACCGACGUGUAAACCACAGCCAUGUGUUUCGCGUUGUAAUCGAGGUUACCGUUACCACCUCCAAUCCCUAAAUCAAAAGUCCGACUACAAACCCGCAACUCCUCUGGUGUUGCGGGUGUCCAUCGGGAGUCGGGCGGCGCCGUUUGCUUGCCAUCAGCCAGACGAGCUUGCCAAGUCGGUGAAGCUAACAUCCCGAGAGAGGCGGUUCAUCAAGUUUGCGAGCGUCGAGUAUGGAGGACAGCUGUACAUGACACCACAGGACUUCUUGGAGUCCGUCGUCGAACAAGAACCCAGACCUCGACUAAAGCGGCGUGUGCUGACCACCAAGGAGAUAGAACACUUGCGGGACAACACGCCCCCACUCAAGAAGGGAUCCUCGCAGAUGUUCCGCAAUAUGAGGGAUAAAGGAAUCAUCUCUUACACCGAGUAUCUGUUCCUGCUCUCAAUUCUAACGAAGCCGGCUUCAGGUUUCCGCAUCGCGUUCAAUAUGUUCGAUACGGACGGUAACCAACGGGUUGAUAAGAACGAGUUCUUAGUCAUCCAACGCCUGCUGGGUGGUACGUUUAAGGAGCGUAAAAAUUUGGACCCGAAGAGCCAAGAGGCACUGCUUACCUUAGUGUCGACAAGUGCAAUGAAGAACAGGGCCAGUCAUGAAGUCCCGGUAUCGUCCACCAUGGAGAAGAUCUUCAGUUUUGCGUGGCGUGGCAAAAGAGGGAUGACGGAUGAAGAGAAUAAGAGUGAUGGGUCUCCGGAUGAUAAAUCGGAUGGGAAAGGGGAUGAUAAGGCCCACGAGAACUACGUUAAUGAUGAUCAAGGUCUACAAAGGAGACACAAUGUUGAUACCUUUCUGCAGGUACAUUUCUUCGGCAAGAAAGGUACGAAUGACCUGAAGUUCGAGGGUUUCAGACAGUUCAUGGAGAACCUGCAGACUGAGGUGCUGGAGCUUGAGUUCCAUGAGUUUGCUAAAGGUCAUGAAACAAUAUCCGAAGUAGAUUUUGCAAAGAUUCUCCUUCGCUACACCUACUUGGACACGGAUGAAUACGACAUGUACCUCGACCGUCUCCUGGACCGCGUCAAGUAUGAGCACGGCAUCACAUUCGAAGAGUUCAAGACUUUCUGCCAGUUCCUCAACAACCUUGAAGACUUUACUAUCGCUAUGAGAAUGUACACGCUAGCUGAUCAUCCGAUUUCUAAAGACGAGUUUCAUCGUGCGGUAAAGAUCUGUACGGGAAUAUCUCAGUCAGAACACUUGGUAAGCACUGUGUUCGCUAUCUUCGACGCUGAUGGAGACGGCCUGCUCAGCUAUAAGGAGUUCAUCGCCAUCAUGAAGGAUAGACUCCAUAGAGGAUUCAAGUCAUACGCCAAGAACGAAGGAUGGGAGGCAUUCAAAUCUUGCGUCAAACAAGAAAUGAAGAGUGCCGUGUAAUUUAUUCUUUCUAACACACACGACAGAGCGAGACGGAAAUAUCCGCCCACGUUACGAGCGAGAGAGACAACGAUGUUUAAUCUAUAUGCGUUUUGUUGCCAUAUUUAAAACGAUUUUUCGAUCUCAUCGUUAUUUCUCACUAGUUUGUAUUUAUUUAUUUUUU